AAAAAAAAAAACAAACGAAUGAUGAUUAUCAUUGCUGUCGCGAGUGUUGAAUUAAAUUCAUUCAUGGCAAUUCGAUUUCUUGUCUGAAGAAUCAACAACAAUGGCGACAACCUCAGAAACCCAUGAAUCAAUAAAGGAAAAAGCGAUUGCUCUUUUGCGUGCCAUGAACGCUACCAGAAUCCUCAAAGAGGACGAUACUCCUUGCAAAAUUCACGAGGGUCUCUUUUUGGGUUCGAUUGGCACAGCUAACAACAAGGAUGCUUUGAAAAAGGUCAAUGUUACUCACGUUUUGACAGUGGCUGGUAAAUUGGCACCUCCACAUCCUGGGGAUUUUGUCUACAAAACUAUUGAUGUUGCUGACAGAGAAGAUGUCAACUUAAAAAAAUAUUUCCACAAGUGUUUUGAUUUCAUUAAUGAAGCCAAAAGUCAAGGUGGAGCUGUUCUGGUUCAUUGUUAUGCUGGAAGAUCAAGGAGUGUUACAAUCAUUGUGGCAUAUCUGAUGAAGACUCUUGGAAUGAGUUUAUCUGAAGCUUUGAAACAUGUAAAGAGUAAACGACCCCAAGCAGCGCCCAACUCUGGUUUCAUGCGUCAGCUGGAGGACUUCGAAAAAUCUCUUCAAGGUGCCUCUAAAUUGCAUUAUUUUUGUUUCAAGUGUCUGAGUAGAGAACAUGAUGGUGAUUCAUUAGAAAAGGAAGUGUAGAUAAGAUUUAUUGUAGCUAGGGCAAUCACAUGAAAUGACAAGGAAGCUCGAGUUGGAUGGUGGAACUGCAACUUCAUCCGCAGGUGCGCAAAUCCCAUUUUGAAGAAUAAUGAAUUGUAGCUGUGUUCAUCAGUGAUCAGCCUAUGUCUAUUCCAUGAAAUUUUUAAUUCAAACUGCCUUCUCUCUUUCCAUGUAGUUUCUCUGUGCUCAGAAGAGUGGGGGAAAUUAGAGCCUCAUUAGAGUAUUUCAGUUUUAUAUUCAAACUUGAUGCACCUGAAAAUACUAAUUGAGUUUUACAAGUGGAUAAUACAUGAUGGAAAAUUGAAAAUAAAAA